AUGAGGCGGUACGUGCCAGGAAUCCAUGCCCGAGGGCGCUCUCCUAGCGCCGAGGGACUGCUAGAUGGAGACGGGGCGGGGAAAGGGCACGCUCCUAAAGCUGGAGGCGCGUCCACCAAGCCUAUUUCAGUCUCUGCUGGGGCAGCGGUAGCCAUCAGCCUCGUGGCAUUCACAACGGUCGCACUCAAGAUCCACAAGUACGUUGUCGUUGGCGGAUCAUGGUCCUCGUCAGGAGCAGCGGCCGUGAUAGCCGAGGACAUGGCCCUCUUUGUCGCGGUGUUUGGGCUGUGGUACAUGACAAACAGCGUCCCAGUCGGGGUGGCGAGGGUGUGGCCGCUAGCCGUUACGCGGUUGCUGUGGGGUGCCAUGGUGGGGUUGACCUUGGUCGCACUGGCGUUUCUCGGAAUCGAGCACUUGUACUUCUGCAGUACGGGGUCUUUGCUGGACCCAGACAUCAUCAAAGUAGUCAAAAAGAGUCUCGGUCCGAUCAUCUUCAUCGCCCUACAAAUCGAGGGCAAGCGCGGUAAACGCAUGGCCUUCUUUGGAACCGGAUUUCUGGCAGCUGGAGGGGCGGUCGUGUACAAGAUACGCCAUGGGAUUGCUCCUCGUCUUGCUGGUGGUGGUAGCCUUCAUAUGAGGCGACUGCGGAAGGGACUGUCAAGGUGCCUGCGAGCGGUAUGGAAAAGAGUGGCCCGCUUCAUGCCAUCGCGUGUUGUGCUGAUGACCCCGUGUCCGGCCAAGGUGGUCGCGUUGCCGAAAGUACCUGCAGCUGUAGCGGCACUUUCGACGUUCGUCUUCGUGUCGGCCGGCCUUGGGCCAGGCCUCUUCGGCAGCGACAGCGACCACAGUCGCGUGAAGCUACUGCGCAGGAACUGCUUCGUUGCGAUCGCCCUGGGUAUGAGAAGCACGCCCUGGGCAACCAGCAGUGAGCAUUGGGCAUCGUCUGUGCUUGCGGCGGUAUCGCCGAGGAUCGUCGGGGGCAUCGACGUUGACGCCAACAAGCCGGAAGGCGCCGCGACCAGCGCUGGAAAUGGCGGGGACGCUGCUAGCGCUCGUGGGAAGACAUCCAAGAGACCCAAUGUGGUGGUGGUCGUGCUGGAGUCAACCACCGGUACGAUGGUGACGGGUUCGAACAACGAGGGGGUGUCGCCAUGGGCGAAGGAGCUUGCCUCCCGUGGUUUAUCGUCUUCCAAGUUCUACUCCUCCAUGCCCAACACCAACAAGGCCAUGUUUCAGGUGAUGUGCGGCAUGACUCCCUCGCUGGAGACUGCAUGGGUAGAGUUUGACCGACCCGAUGUACUGAAGGCGGUAUGCCUACCGGGCCUUCUGAGAUCAAAGCUAGGGUAUCAAUCGCUGCUGCUCACCGGCUCCAUGGUUGGCGGCUUAAGCGUUUUCGGGCACGAUGAUGCCAUUGGUUUCGCGGGGGAGAAAGAGCAAGGCGGCCGCGCGGGCUUUAAAUCCAGACAGGUCAACGACAAGUUUUCCUUCAAGCACGGGGCUUUCGAGAAGGUCAACUACCUAGGAUACGACGAUCACGUGGUGCUCAACCGUUCGAUUUCCUUUCUCCUCGGAGAAGAUCAAGCGCAAGAGGACGGCCGCCUUGGGCACAAUGGCGGCGAAGCUGGCGGCAAGCUGCUGACCAUCCUCACGGUGGGGCCUCAUCAUCAUCACGACGUACCUUCGGAUUUCUUACCGCAAGACUUUGCGCCCUGGGAUCAGGCCUCGGACACUAACUCUCUUCAGUACAAGUACCGCGUCGCGCUGCGCUACCAGGACCUGUUUUUGGAGAGACUGUUCAAGCAGCUGGAUGACACCGGCCUGUCCGACAACUCAUACGUGGUCGUCGUCGGUGAUCACGGCGAGGCUUUCAACGAGCACGGUUUCGACAAGCACGGCAAUAACGUCUACCAGGAAGGGGUCAUCGUGCCCUUCUUCCUCACGGCCCCGCCGGGAGACACCAGAAUCAUUCCUGGACAAACCCUACACCGGGUUGGAAUGCAGGCGGAUAUCACCCCGACUUUGCUGGACCUGCUGGGCUUGUGGAAUCCGCAGGCGAUGCUCCCGUCACGGCUCCAGGAGACUGACCCCUCCGAGGAAGAUGAGGCUAGGAGUGGGGAUUCAUUUUCACAGCCGCAAGGGUUAAGGGGACACAAUGAGGUCUCCAAUCGCAAACGUGGCGGAGGGUCCACGCCUGACGCGAGGCCGGGGGGUGAAAGAGAAAGGGAAUUUUCUGCGGUUGGGUCGGGUUUGAUCGGGGACAGUCUUCUCGGUCCGGAGUUUCGGAGAUGCGCGGUCAGCUCGACGCACUUCGGCAAAAAAACUCUUGCCGUUGUGGCCGGCGACUGGAAGGGGCUCUUCGCGUACGACUUGAAGAAACGGGACAAUCAAACGCACGUUGAGGUACUGCACGCGCAGCUGUUCGCGCUGUCGUUAGACCCCCGAGAAACUGAAAAUCUCAACGAGGUUGCCGGAUCUGGCAGUUGCUGCCCGACCGAUGACAAGGCAAGCCUUUCAAGUCCGUACGCGCCCAGAGAAGAAACAAUGUCUGCUUCUUGCGACAAAGCGGCGCGUUAUACUGCACAAGUGGUUUUACAUGGCGAUGGCAAGGAGGAUGCCGCGGAAGUGUGCUGCCUUCUCGAGACGGCGGCCGUUGCCUUCGUCAAGGACAACCUGGCUUUCUUUGGCCGACAAUAA